UUGAUAUUCGUCAGUCUCGCGGUAACGGCGGCGGAGUUUGAACUGUGGUCCAGGAGGGAGGCGGUGACUGUUGAUCCGCUUUCCCCUGUUGUUCCACGCCCUUGCACCUCUGAUUCCCUUCCUGGCGUGUGGUGAAGUGCUGCGUGCUGUCCAGGAGAAAAUGGGCACGAUGGGCGGCAUGGAGCCCCUGCACAGGCUCUUCAGGAGGGCCACUGAUAUGAUCCAGGAAACAAGCGACUCUUUUGAGCAACACUUCUUGUGGCUAGAGGAGGUGGUGGCUGAGGCCCGGCAGACCCUUGCCACAUCGGAGCUGGUCAUGCUGCCCAAGACUCCCUCAGCUCCCAAGAGGACCAAGAGAGUUUUGAAAGAGGAUGCUGAAAACUUGCCUCCACCUGCCAGUGCCCGGCCAUCCCGCCAAGGCCGCCUCUGCUCCAAGCUGGCAAUUGAAAAGAUCCAGGAGCAGACGCGCAUGAGCCGGGUGAAGAAGCUGCGUCGACCAUCCUCACCCAUCAACCAAGUCCUGCCAUCCACUGCCAUAAAAGCCAAGACUCACAAGAAUCUUUACUUUGAAGUCUCUCCGUCUCCCUCUAGCCCUGGUGAUGACCCAGAUAAGUCCCCUGCAUCAAGGUGUGAACGUGCCAUGUCCUCCAGUCCAAGGAGCUCCCGUGGGAAUUCUCAGCAAGCUAUAAAGCCCAAGAGACUCAGCACACUUCAAAAAGACACUAGCUCUCCAAAGAAACACUCUACUUCCCUUCAGAAUGAUGGAAGUACCUCUCAUGAAGACCCAGUCUCUUUACUAAAGUGUGACAGCUCCUCACAGAAUGAUUUAAUUUCUUCAGUAAGGAAAGUUACUUUCCAACCAAAAGAAGGCACUACCUUACCAAAGGACAGUACCCAUCAAAAUACAGAAGAAAACCUCAUUCAAGAAGUAGAUGCAGGUAGUAAGUCACAAAACACUAACAAUGCAACAGUAGAACCUGAGGUGCAUCCACAAGAUGAGGAAGAGAUGCACUUGCAGUUGGAUGAGAGUUUUGAGGAAUGUGCAUCUGCAGAUGAAUCAGAGGAAGAGCAAGACAUUGAGCUGGUGCUGGAUUCACUAGAAGGGCAAAAAUCACAACGUGGCACUGAUGAAAAGAAAGAGGAUUCAGCUCUUCCAAACAUUCUCCAGCCUUCCCCUGUCUCUGCUCCAGUAGCUAUCUGCUCCGAGAAAGAGGUUGUUGAAGUUCAGGAUGUGUCACCUACCUCAGGCUCCUUGCCUCAGUCUCAUUGUGCCCCUGCUCCUAGAGUCAGUCGUACCAAACAGAGAGCCAUGGCAGCACAAGGUGUUUCAUCUCCCUCAAACAGUUGCCCUCAGUCUCCCACUGUUCCUGCCCCAAGAGUUACAAGGACCAAACAAAAAGUUACCAAAGUCCAAGAGAUUCCAGCUCUUUCAGACAGCCCUCCUGAAUUGCCAGCUUCCCCUGUGAAAAGGGUUACACGCACCAAGCAGAGAGUCAUUGAAACACAGGGCAUGGUACUUCCCUCGGAAAGUGUUCCACAGCUAUUCGCUCCUGCUCCAAGAGUUACACGCACCAAGCAGAGAGCCAUGGAAGCACAGGAUGCUGUUCUUUCUCAAGAAAGCGUCCUUCAGCCUCCCACUGCUCCUGCUCCAAGAGUUACACGCACUAAACAGAGACCCAUUGAGAAGGAAAUCCCUUCUUCCACACCAAAUUUGCCUCAGCCUGCCCCACGAGUUACUCGCACUAAGCAGAAGGCCAGGGAGAUGGAGCUACCUGUUAGUCCCCAAGAACCUACCAGCAUAAAACCUAGGGCUGAAGAUGAGGACAAGAUCAAAUCACAGAUCAUUCAAGACAGGGGGACACAACAACACCAGCCUCAAGAAAGUCAUGGGAGAGGCACAAGGGUCACUGAUGUUAAGGAUUCAGGAAUGUUCAGCCUUGGGACAAAAAGGGGUGGCUGGAGUUCAGCUGAGUCUGUGUCUUCAGAGGAAUCCUCUGCCCCGCCUGCCAGAAUAACUCGCUCCAAGAUGUCCAAGUUACAGCAGCCUCAGCUUAGUCCUGCGAAAUACCCUGCUAUUGAAAACUUCCAGCGGGCUUGUCACUCCCCAGUGGGUUCUGGACGCUCUCAGAGUCCACGCAAGGGGUCCCCAGCUAACAAGAGGUUGGCAGGCCACUCAAACAGGGAUGGUGGCAAGGACCCCAUGGCAGCAGAGGUGCUACUUUCCCCACUGCGUGUUGUUCGUCAUUCCCCAGAGAAGACAGGCAAGGUGUUGCAAGCCAGACCUCCAGUGGUGAGUGGUAGUUCAGGACGGGUCACACCAAACGUUAUAUCCAGGAUGCAGCCAUUCCUUACCUCUUCGUCCUCAUCCUCCACAGAGCACAGGAGGAUUGUGAAGAAGAUAGUAGGGACCCCAAGUGAAGGCCGCCGUCCUGCAAACAUUAUCACUGGUGUCACUUCCUUCAUCAAGACCCAGCCAGCACGCCCCACCAGGGAGGAGAUGGAGAGUUUGCGCCUUCAGGAGCUGCAAAGGAAGAAGGAAUAUGAAGAAGAGACCCUCAGGAAGAAGGAACAGCUACUAUGGGCAAAGACUGAGGAGAGAAAGAGGUGUAAUGAGGAGCGGAUGCGGCGAGCAAAGGAGGCCCGGCUGAAGAAUGAGCAGAUGGCAGCAGCAGCCAAGGAGCAGCAAAAGCUUGAGCGGCAGCAGAGAGAGGCACGGCAGCGGGAGGAGGAGGAGCAGCAGCGACGGCUACGACAGCAGCAGAUGGCCAAGAAGAAGGUUGAGGAGGCAAAGAAAGCAGCCAAACUGAAAGAGGAGGAGGAAAGGAAGAAACAAGAGGAAGAAGAGAAGAGGAGACAAAAACUAGAAGAAGAAAAGAGAAGGCAAAAAUUACAGGAAGAAAAAAGGAAGCAAAAACUAGAGGAGGAGGAGAGAAAAUUAGAGGAUGAAAGGAAAAAUUUCCUUGCAAAGCAGAAAAUUGUGUUGGAGGAACAGAGGAAAUUGAAGGAGACAAAAGCACAGAUGUUGAUGAAGGAGAAAGAAGUAGCAGAACGACUCAGGCUGAAAGAGUCUCUCCGAAUCCUCAGAGAGAGGGAACUGCAAGCUAAAAGAGAACAGGAGGCCAAGGCUGUUAUGAGUAGUGCUUACAUGUACAAGAAUACCCAUAGUACUCCUUUAAACACCACCAUUACAAAGGAGAGCAACAGUGGGCCCCUCAACACCACCUAUACCAAGCCUGCAGGCAGUGUGCAGACAGAUAGCUAUGAAAUUACCCCUCUUCAGCCCAAGAGGAGCUCUCACUCUCUUAAUAAUUACAACAUUUACGACAUUCAGAGUGAUGACUCCACAGAUGAUGAUGCCUCUCCUAGAAAGCCGAUCCCUCAGUGGGCCACAAAGACACAGAUGCGAGCAGCCAUGAUGCAACAAGAGCACUAUCCUCCAAAAGUCGAUGAGAUUUUCCCAGCCAGGUCUCUGCUCAUCAUCCCAGACCUUACUCAAAUCUUCCACCAACAAAAGCGUCGCUUCAGGAAGAGGACUUCAAGUGCCAAUUGGGAAACACCGCCAUCAAAAUACUUUCGCUUCAAGAGUCCCAUAUGAGGCAUCCAAGGUGAUGGGAUACACCUUGGUUUAUCACUGACAUAGUAGUGUAAAGUGGGCUUUACAUUCUGUAACAAGUUGCCAUCAUGUUCUAGGAACAUGGGGCACAUCUCAUGGGAGUUGUAAUGUUUUAAGGAUAUAGUAUUUAUCUUUCAUGGCAAUGAUACACAAAGUAUAUUGUCUAGUAUAGGUAGACUGCAAUGUUACUCCCUGAGCUAUAAGCCAUAGGCUAUUAUUUUCCUGCAUCAGACAUUAACUUGAUUCUUGUAUUUCUCUAGCCAAGUUCAAAAAAGGUUAUGCAUGUUGGUUGGGGAGUCAGUCAACCAAAGUGAAUGAAAAUGCAUCAUGGCAACACUACUGUCUUCCAUCAAAUUUUGGUGGCACUCAAAAUCCCCAGAAGAUGGCUAAUACUUCCUGGGAAACUUAAAGGUUUUAGUUUUGAUACAAAAUAUUUCUUUGGACCAAGACACCUCAGUGUCUUGGAAUUAAACCAAUCCUCACAGCAGGUAUUGCCCCCACAUUACAGCCACUCACAUCCAGGUCACAUCCUUUACACCUUACUUUACUGAGGUUUUUUUUUAAACAGCCUGUUGUAAUCCCAUCCUCUUUUGAUUCAAACAAUCCACUUUCUUAUACUGCUUGUGUUGAUGGUUUUAUCUUGUACCAGACCAUAGUGAGCAGUUGGCAUGCCAGGAUGUAUGCAACUUUUAUGCAACAUAAAAGUAUUUAUAUAUUUUGUCUUCUUGGUGACUGCACUUAGGGACACAGGAAAAUAAAAUUUGAACAUUUCAUGUAAA